GCGCUGUUGCAACGUCAAACAUCGUCCCCCUGGUUGUGCCAUGCGCACUGGCGGUUGUUGUUGUUGAGCUGGUUGUUAUGGCUGGACAAGGCCUCGGACUAAAUUAGAGAGGACCCCCCGCACCACCCCCGUCUCUGCCGCGGGACACCCGCCACCCAUGGAGGGCACAGACAUGGACGUGGACGCGGAGCUCAUGCAGAAGUUCAGCUGCAUGGGAACCACGGACAAGGACGUCCUCAUCUCCGAGUUUCAGAGGCUGCUGGGCUUUCAGCUCAACCCGGCCGGCUGCGCCUUCUUCCUGGACAUGACCAACUGGUGAGUGCGGUGAUUCAUAGGCCUGUCCCGCUAACGUAGCAGGGUAAUUGGCUAGUUAGCAUUUAAACAACAAUUAAAAGAAAUUAAACUGAAGACAAUCUGAAAAAUUCUGUGCUGAGUGUGCGUUCAGGUGCUCGUCGAGCGCUCAGAAAUCCCAGUUUUCUGGGUCGUUUUUCCAAAAUUUGGUGCGUUCAGGAGCUGUAAGUCAUUCUGGAACAACAGGGAGGCGACAGAGAUGAUGUCCAACGUUGUGUUACUCAAAACUGAAUUAAGAUGAAUUUACAUGUAGAGCAGUCUGUCUCUGUAGUACGCGAUACACUUUAGUAACAAACUGUUUGAUAAUAUGUGAGUGUAUAAAAACUUUCCUGCCGUAAACACAUUUACUUCAGUCCGCCACAUUUCAGCCCUGUAUGGUGUUGUGUCGUAGAAUGCACCCCUGACUGGAGAGCGGUUAAAGUAGAUAACAAGGCGAAAUAAUCCAAGUUCUCCCCAUCAAUGGAUGGAUUUAAAAGCGUGAAUCUUUGAGGUUUAAUUCAGAUGAACCGAAAACAAUAACCAUCUGAUUUCUAAUAUUUCCUGUCCCGAAAAUAAAAUGUUCUCUACUUUGACAGCUAACUGUACAUUUAAUAUACCCAAAUACACCUCUAUAUGUGGAUUUGUGAGACACACAAAAACAGAGCAAAGUUUGCUGCUACAUUUGACAUGUUGUCAUGAUCAAAUACUCGUGUUUUUGUAAAUAUGAGGUCAUUUUGUUCCACUUUAAGAAGCUAAUGAGUGGAGGGGAGCAGGGGUGCAUUCUACGGCAUUACACCGUCUCCGUCAACACGACAGGCUAACAGGUACCAACAUAUCUCCCAAACUUCACCAACAUGUCCCCCAAACUUCACCAACAUGUCCCCCAAACUUCUCCUGCUUUUGUUCUGACUUUAAUCAGCGUUUACGUGAUAAUACUCAACCCGACAGCUAUUUCUCCGAUUACUCUGACAGGACGUAAACGCAUCGUCCGUCAGAGCCGUUGGAAACCACAGUCGGUUAACUGGUUUAAAUGGUUAAAGUUCGUCCUAACCGUGAGUUUAAAAUGAGGUAAAGUAACCCGAAAACUGAGAGAAAUCCUACCCACUUUGUUUGCUGUCUAAUUUAAGAUCGGGGGAACUCUCGGCGUAGAUUAUCUGCUGGAUUACAUAAUCGUAUUCAGAGCCAGUUUAACUCUGAGACUCAACUCAAGGCAGCAGCAGCGGCGCGAGCCCCUUCACUGUGAUCGGAUGACGUAACCGAUCGUGAUCUAUCAACAGCUGAUCAAACCGCCUCUGUGUCUCUAAUUAGUGUUUAAAUGAGCCUAAUCAAUCAGUGGUUUAUGGCUCUGAUUAGAUUUAAUUUAAAGGGACAGACCCCCCUUUAGAAAGCGGCGUCUGUCCUGUGGAGUCUAAACAUAGACUCUAGAUUCUAGAUUCUUUAUACAGUCUAUGGGUCUAACACACCAGACUGACACCACAGAGGGUAGGGGAGAGUGGGGUAAGAUGAUCCACUUUUCAUAUUUGGGAUCAGUCCAUCAAGUCAGUCCUAGUUUUGUCUCUAACUCGUGUCUCUGCAGAUAUUUCAGGAUGUUGUUCAUCCCUGCAAACCAACAGAAUGAGUGUAAACAGAACUGUCAUCUUCAUAAUAUAGCAGGACAAAAAAAAGUGGUCUCUUAUGGUCAACUUACCCCUCACCUUCUCUCUCCCUGAAUAACAGUCACUUCUUCACAUUCAUGUGUAUUUUUAUCUAUUAUACUCUAUUCAACUGGUACAAUAGUUCCUGUUAUUAUUAUUACAUAUAACUGCUAAAAACCAUUUGAAGAUGAGAAUGUCUUUAAGUGAUUGAGAACAUUCACAGAUCUGUAUUUUAGAAAAGAAAAAGUCAAACAUUUCAACAAUCUGAAGGUAAACUCUGAUCCUCUCAUCAGACUCCUUUACUUUCUCUGUUCCCCCUGAACUACUAUGAUGACUUUAUUAGUCCUCCAAGAUAAAAUGGUGGACUGUUUGGUUUUUGACCUCAUGUUGGAGCUGAUAGAGACCAUGAUUGAUGGAUAAAACUAAUUUAAAAUGAUCUUUUUUGGUCUGAACACAAUCCUAAUCAAACUGAACUUACCCUUUGGCUGAACUUACCCCAGUCUCCCCUAAAUUUCCACAGAAGCGAGUGGAAAAGUUCAGUCAAAGUUUCCUUUUGUUUGUUAAAGGUUUUCAGGGACAAAGGAGGACGUUUUUCUGAGCACCGUCAUCCUUGGUUGUUUACUUUUUACAGGACUCGGGAUUCCCCCAAGAAAAAGUCACAAACACUGUCUGAUGUAAUGUGUCCCAUGACCUGCUUCUAGGUGUGGACUCGACCUUUAUUUCCCUCAGUGGGUUCACUUCAGCUGCGUACAUAACUUCCUUUUACAGUCAUUUUGAUAAGUGUUCAGUCACAAUAGUGUUGUUUGUGGGCCUGACAGACUGGAGAUGAUGUGGUAUCGUGUUUCAUCAGAGUUUCAACCGCUGUGUCCAAACUGUGCAAAUCAUAUGAUUAAAAAUACAAGUCUGUUUGUGAGUGUUUACCAAAGAAAAAGGUCUGUGUUGGAGACAGACAGAUUCACCGGGUUAAUAAAUGGCAUUCUGACACAACCUGCGUCAUACUGGGCUCUGCUCUCACCAGGCAGACAUCACGACUAUCUUCUCCAAUGAAAAAAUAUAUUUGACAGUUUAUCUAAUUAGAAUAUUCAGUGGCUGGUCUUUGAUAUCCAAUCCAAUAUUAUAUUUACCUUGUAUAUUUUCUGCUACACCAACACUUAUCUAACCAUAAAAAAUCACACAUUUGUUCUAAUAUUUAAAAAACUGUGAAAUUGGCAUUAUACAGGAUAUCAACCAUGAUAUCUGCAUCAGCCGUCUGUAUAGAUAUAAUAAAGUAGCUUUGAUUGUUUCUUUACAAAAUCAAUUUUAAUUUCACUCACACUUUAAAAAUAAAUCAGUAACUAACUUAGAAAAUCAGUCAGGCUAACGUUCUGACUAAUCUCUGCCUCGUGUGUGUUCAGAGUGACAUGUUUCAUCCUGUGAGUCUCAGUUAUCCUGUCGGUGUUGAGGAGGAGCGUGCUGAAGAGACUGACGUGAUCAGAUCAGGUUUGGAUCUUCAUGUGAGACUCUAUCUGCAGUCAUCAAAACCUGAUCAAACACGAUUGUUUCUGGACUUUGAUCGGGGAUUCAAGAAAAAAACCGAGUUUCCCUCUUUGCCUGUGUCAGUUUGACGGCGGGUUAUCUCCACCUGUGAGAUUCGUCAGGCCUGUUGUGUCGAAGUUCUUCAGAACAUCACCUGGAGGCUCAUGCAGUUCCUUCACUUUAACCAGAUUCUUCAGGCUUUGUGUCUGAAUGAACUCGACAGAAACUUCCGGAUCGAGCUCAGUCAGAACUUGAUUAUUACAGACAGAAAUGAACCACCAAGAUUUUAGAAGAUAUGUGAACUUGUUCAGAAAAAAAGUGAUUCUGAACGAUGUUUGGAUUAGAAAUAUUCAUCAAACAGUCCCGGUGUAUCCCAGAUGAUGAGAAGAAAUCGUGUCUUCACGUCGACUCUGUAGGUUUCAUCUUGUAGUCUGAUCACACUCAGCGCUCCAAUCAGUGCUCCCAUCAAUCCUAGAUAAAAGAGCGGUUUACCGACCUUACGGUUCUUUCAAGAGAUCUGCAUUAGUGUCAGUCAGCUCUGCACAGAAGACACAUAGAUUUUAAUGUAACUUGUGACCUUUGAGUUUAAACCUUAAGGAGUUUUUUCACAUUUGGGGGAAAAAAAUCAAAAAUAUUUUCACGGUAAUCUCCCUUUGAGCUCGGACAGUGUACGUUUACAAGGCUGGAAGAGUAUCACGAAUUAUUAGAUUUUUUUAAGAGCACCUUUCUCUUCGUUUUGUCUUGAAACAGGAACCUGCAGGCUGCUAUAGGUGCAUAUUAUGACUUUGAAAGUCCAAACGUCAACACGCCAUCCAUGUCCUUUGUUGAAGACGUGACGAUUGGGGAAGGAGAGUCAGUUCCUCCAGAUACACCGUUCACAAAGACCUGGAGAAUACAAAACACAGGUCUGGGGCUCCACACACCACACUCACGUCUUCAGUUUGUACUGUAUCAUCAUCCUUUUUUCAUCGACAUGUUAUUUGUCUUUAACUGAACUCACUUCUGUGUCUUAUAGGAGCAGAGUCGUGGCCUCCUGGGGUUUGUCUCAAGUACACUGGCGGGGAUCAGUUCGGGCACGUAAACACAGUCAUGGUAAAGUCACUAGACCCCCAGGAGAUCUCAGAUGUGAGUGUGCAGAUGAGAAGUCCCACAAAUCCAGGCAUGUACCAGGGCCAGUGGAGGAUGUGUACAGCCACCGGAUUAUUCUACGGAGGUAGGAGAAGUCCGGUCAGUCUGAGAGCGCCGUCUUUCAUUUGAAGGUUUUUCUCAACAGCUGCUUUUGUCUCCGCCUCUUUCCUCCCCAGACAUCAUCUGGGUGAUCCUCAGCGUAGAAGUCGGAGGCCUCCUCGGCGUGACCCAGCAGCUGUCCUCCUUCGAGACAGAAUUCAACACCCAACCCCAGCGCAACGUGCAGGGAGACUUCAACCCGUUCGCCUCGCCGCAGAAAAACAAGCACGAUGCCACCGACAACAGCUUCAGAGAUCCCGGCGGGCCGUGGGAGCGCACGCAGGAGCCAAUCCAGCAAGAUCAAAACGGACUGUCUCAUAAUGCUGUAAAUAGGGCGUCAAAUGGCCUCCAAACCAAUCUUUCUGUGGUGACGUAUGGUCAGGUAGGUCUGAUUCAGAUUCAGGCUCUUCAGCUCUUCAGCUCUUCGCUCUCUGGAGCUUCUCUGUUAUUGUUUGUUUGUCCAAAACCUCCAUGAUGGCGGCGAAGAAGCGUUCAGUACUCAGAGUCAGCUGUUUUCAGUGAUUGUUUAGUUGGAGAAGUUCAUGUUGGGAGUGAUGCCCUGUGUCAACAAAACAGUGGAGGUAGAAGCUGUCGUGUCUGAGAGCAGGACGGAUAUCAGUUAAACACGGUCGCUUUAUUUAAACGUUUUCUAGAGGAGUUGAGAUCUUUCCCUGAACUGGUGAAUCUUUCAUUAGUUUUUUCAGGAGAAUCAAAAGUGGUUGUCAGUGAAAGCAAUAAAAAAAAGCAGCUUUCUGUGGCGUCAGGAGGAUGACAUAUUCAGGUCAGAAAUCUCCGGGUUUCCUUUUCCCGAUCAGGAGGAUCAUGGGCUUUUUUUUUAACUGCAAACACGAGUAACUUAGAAUGAGAAAGGGUGGAAAUGUUCUGUACUAAAACUUGUAGUUCGAUCGUUUCACAUUGAAGAAGCAGAAGAGCUGCAGUCAACACAAACAUUCUGAUACCACGUUAGCAUACAACAGGAUACGGUGUAUUCACCAAGGCAACAGCGGACAAGGCUGCUGCAUCGAAGUGAGAAACUCAAGGAUAAAUUUUGUUGAUUUCAUCCCUUUUUUUUUCCCGCUCUUUGGAUCUUCAUCGUCAACACUUCCUCUCACCUUUGCAGUUCUGAGUUUGUGAGAUUGAAAAGAUGACGUGACAGCUGCUGGUUUCACCGCAGACACUCUGACGUUUGUACCUCAUCACCGCUGAGUCUCACUGCUCACUGGUUGGUCGACAGUUUUGUGGGUCUCUUACAGCAGAGCGUGUAGAAAAGUGCGGCGAACUCGUCCUGGAUCAGGACUUUGUUCACUAGAGCGCUGAUACAUGUUUUUAAAAAGAGUCCUAAAAGGAUCAGGACCCUCUGAAGUUUGAGUUCUGUCCUCAAAGAUAAUUUCUGCUCCUCUUUAAAAGACUUUCUCACAAACUCUAGUUAGAGGGAUGACAGAAUUAAAUCAUUUUCUCAUCUUGACUUAAAUUUGUUCAGCUGCUCCUUUUACAUCGUGAGAAACCUCUGUGGAAGUUUGGUCCAGUUUCAAAGUAUAAAAGUGUGAAUCUCUUUGGUGCUCCUUCAGUUUUACGUCCGCCUGUUUCAUGGAUUUUAAUCUUAGUUCUGUAAAACCAGAGAGUUCGAUUGUAUUCACUGAAUUAGAGACGUUUUCACAUCACAGGAAUCACACUUCAGCCUGUUUCUGAGUAGAGAUCAGGUUCUGGAUACUUGGCGUGUGUCCGUGGUCGUCUCCUCCUGACAGAGAAUCCGAGUUGGUUUUUGGUGAAUCCAGAUUCAGGACCAGUUCUAAGAGGCGUGGACAGAUCUGAGCCGCGUUUAGGGUUUGAAAUGUAACUCCAUUUUCAGAACUGCAGGAACGUCUUAGUCUGCGGUUGUGGCUCCUGUGAUCCUGUAUGACUCACAGUAACAAAGAUGACCACACAUCCAGAGUGAUGGAGACGUGUGGAAGGAGCUGAGCAGGUCGAUGGAGCUUCUGAAGUAGAGCUGGGCGAUAUGGGCGAUAAGUUUAUCACGAAAUAUUUCUGCGAUAUCAGCUGAUAUCGAUCAAUAUCAGGAUAUAAAAAUCUAACAGUGUUUAUUGGUCUCAUGUCUUUUCCAACACAAUAAUCUCCUGCAUCUGUGAGGUCUUUGUGUCUCUUUGGCGUUUUGUCGUAAGGCGUCGCUCUAGAGAAAGCCGACUGAAUGGUCGUCUGUUUCAGGCGCCAUGGGCUCCUCGCUCCUCUCGGGGUUUGUAACCUUUUGCGUUGCGUGUGCUCUGCGGCGUGGCGCUGCUUCAGGUGGUGAAAAAGAUUUGAGGUAUUCCCCGACUUUGUGAGAACAUGUACUCGACAUAAUUUACAGUCCACAUUACUCUGCUUCAUGUCCGACCUCCAAAAACCAAAAUACCUCCACACCACCGACGUUUUCCUAACGCCAGUGUUGUGGUUGACAUUGAUGUGGUCAUCUGUUGAGCCUUCAUGGUCAUUUCUGUCGGGGGUAGCACUCAUUUUCUUUGUUUCUCACCAACAGUGCUGUCGGCUUCACCUGUUAAAGUGCUAUGGUUGGGUGGAGCUGCUGUCUGCUACGACACUGCAGUUGGUUGAUACUUGGUUCUAAUUCAGAACAUGAUUGGUUCAGACCCGGAGACACUCCCCUUUUCAUUGGCUGUUCGUAUAGUCGACCAAAACAUGUCAGAAUGACGACUAUCUAGAGGCAUAUUGAUCGUGUUUUAUAUUGAUAUUGAGGGAAAUUGAUUUUUGAUAGAUAUGGUUAUCGUUUUAUCGCCCAGCCCUAAUCUGGAUGUUUUUUAUUUCUGAGUUUGUCUGGUUCAGGUUUAAGAAAGUCUGCACAACAGGAAGAGAGUGUGAAGGGUGAAAAGAUGUUAAACCAGCGUCUGUAAUGAUCACAGUGACUCCUGCACAGAGGAUGGACAGAGGGUCAUCUGUGAGCGUGAACUCAGACUGAGGGUUUGAUGUUGGCGUGUACAUCUCUGUCGUUAACAUUCAUUUGUUUACGUUUUAUCGCUGAAUCGUUUUCCCAGGAAUCAGAAAAUGUCGCUGCAGCUUCUUCAAAUCCAGUUUACAGGCUCUGUGGAGGAAACGCGGUGACGUCACUGCAUGUCCGUCCCAGUUAAACGCCUCUUUACACAGUUGAACCGUGUUAAUCUCUCAGGUGGGGCAGCAGCAUAAUUGUUUUACAGCAGCAGCUCCUCAUACCUGUCAUAGCUGAGCCCUGACUCAGACGUUUGGUUUCUCCUCGGUGGUUAAACUGGACUGUUGACGGCGCACACUUAAAGCAUUAAUCCACAUAGACGUUGACACGGCUGCUUCCUACAUGACCUGCAGGUUACUGUCUUUAAACGGAUGACGACCGCAGACGGGCGUCUGUGCAGCUCUGACUUCACACUGUUUACUUAAAUCAGGGUCCAAGUAAAGAGGGAAACCAGAACCAAGUUAGUAACCUACUCGCUGCAGCGUGAUUUUAGGAGGCUCUGAAAGGGAAACAAGGUUGGAAUGGUUCUCCUGCGUGUCGGCUUUCAUUACAGUCAACUCUCCGUUUCUAUGCAGAUGCUCUUUCUAGUACCGUAUGUUAUUGCCACCCUGCCAGCUGCAUGUAUUGUAAUGGAGAACAGCCUGCAGUGUCAACAAUAGGAGUUCGAUCCCCACGGCGAACUCCUCUGCUGACCACGUUUCUACUUCAACUACGUUUUUCUUUUUAAUCCGUCAAAACUUUUUCUGAAAGUGUUUGAUUGAAAAAACCAAAAGAGGGAGAAGAGUGUUAGAGAGCAGCACUAUUAGACUGGUCCACUCCGGUGUGUACGAGGUUAAUAAUGUGUCGAUUAUUGUCAUUUAUGGAGUCAGAGAAAACACAGGAUAGCACCGUUUUUAAACUCACCGGAGCUUUGACAUCUGUGCUGUUUGAACACACCUGCACAUGUCAUAAACACUGAUAUAGAGACAUCCAUGUUGGCCUGUAAAAGCUCUGGUUAUUAUGAUAAAGGAGUAUCUUAUAACUUUGCCCUAAAAUUCACUUUAAACCCAAAAAGUCGCUGCGAGACGACGUCCUUCACGUUCAUGUUAUUGAGAUACGUCAGCAAAGCCCAGAGGGAGUUUGAUAACAGAGUUUAUUAUUCAUCUGAGUGCCAGCAGUGAUCAAUACAUGGAAAAUCCCCCCUCACAUAUUAGUUAUUAUGGGAAGGGUCCACUAAACCUGAUACUCCACAGAGAGACAGAUCCUCUCUGUCAGAUCUGCUCUUCUGACUUCUGUUUGUUGGGUCGGGUCUGCAGGAGUUCUGAGCAGCAGUCAGUGUUUCUGUGUUAAUAUUAGUCCGGUGUGUGUGAGGGUGUUUGUCAAUACAAACACAGAGCGGAGUAAAAAUAACACACAGGACUUGGAGAGGAGAGGAGAAACUUUGAUCUGUAUGAGUUUGUAAAUGUCCAAGAGUACAAUCUGAAGAAGAACUUAUUUAUCCUCAAAAGGAAAUUCAAUAUUAUAGUCAAUUUGAAUGAAUGAAUGAAUGAAUGAAUGAAUGAAUGAAUGAAUGAAUGAAUGUUUUAUUUCGAACAUGCAAUAAAGGAAACAGAGUAUAGGUAGUAACCAUACACAAACACAUGCAUACUAUAAAUAACAGGAAACAAAGAUUUCUGUCAACGACCUGCAGCUGAGCUACAUGUUUGAAAAGGUUCAAACUUAUUUAAUCCUUUUAUCAACAGUUUCUAUCGUGAUAUUUUAACCUCACAUAUUUAUAAUGUUUAAACUCGGUCAUAAACUUAAUAUUUCGAACACAAAAGGAUGAUCGUGUCCUUUACUAAGUGAUCAUAUCUGAGAGACUGAAGCUCACCUGAGUUCAGGCAAACGUAAGAAUGAAGUCAGAGUGAAUGGAUGAGGCUGUUUGUGUCACACAUGAACCUGAAAAAUGUUCAGAGAUCUUCAGGUAAAGAGAGACGGAGAGAGUUGGUGGAUUUCUUUCCUUUUUCUAAAAUCUUCAGAUUAAAUAAAAGUUUAUCUUCAUUAUUCUUUAACUUUUAGUGAGUCUUGUCCAUGUCUAACAAGCAAACUUACUUUUAUAUCUUAUCUUGGAAACUUAAACAGCUGUAACACCUCUGCGUCUCCUUUUUCACACUGAAACCCUCUGACCAUGAAGCUCAGUGUUCACUGCACUGUUGUGUGUUUACACUGACCCGUUCAUCGGUGUCUUCAUGUUAGUUUUUUAUUUUUUGUGGUGUUGUAAAGUUUGUGUAGCAGGUGAGAUGCUCACAUCUAACUCUCUAAUAAACAACCAGAUAUCUGUAAAGAACAGUAGUGGGGGGGGCGACCAUAUUCUGAAUUCCCAAAAAGAGGACACGACUGGAGUCACGCGCUGUAAAUUCAGAGAGUUUUUUUACGCGCUUCUAACUCAGUUACCAUAUUUUUCGCACUAUAAGGCGCACCUGAUUAAAAGGCGCACCAUCAAUGAACGCGUCUAUUUUCAUACAUAAGGUGCACCAGAUUAUAAAGUGCAUUAAACCAAACAAAACAGUCAGAAAAGUCAAACUUUAUUUAACUCAGUCAGUAACUCUGCGAGGGUACUGUAGCUGCAGCACUCCGACAAGCCAAAAGGAUUUUAAGUGCGCCUUAUAGUGCGAAAAAUACGGUAGUCCACGGUACAAAAACUCAAAACUUCCAUACUAACCGCGGACACUUGAAGGAUUUUAUAAACUCCCCCCUGACAACGCUGGACAGCCCCCCAAAAAGAGGACAUGUCCGGGUAAAAGAGGACGUAUGGUCACCCUGACAACAGUAGGAGGAGUCAUCUCUCCUCUGAUCCUCCUGCUGCUGUUAUCCUCCAGAUAGAGGAGAUUAUGGAGGUGAUGUGAAGUGUCAGGGCUGUAUGAAUAAACAUAUUCACUUCUGAAACACCAAAACCCCGCGGAGACACCGGUCUGCUGCUGUUUUUUCUUUUGGACGUCAGAACUUUGUUACUGUGAUGAAGUUGGAGGAUGAACACGGAGCUGAAGGUGGUUAUAUUCUCGUUACCUGCUCCUCCUGUCUGUAUCUGCUCCACAAUAACUCCAUUGUAACUCGUGUUUUCUCGUUAUUUCCAGGGUAUUCAUGGACCCUAUCCGUUUGGACAGAGCUAGAACGACAAAGACCCCCCCUACCACGGUGGAUGAUGAGAGAAACACCCUGGGAGUCCUUCAACACAGAGGAGGAGUCAGAGGGGGGGACGAACUGUUGUUUUCUAUUGACUCAUGACGACCCUCUCCCCCCCGACCUCAUGGCCCUUUCCACACAAACACAAACUACAGUGGGAGGGGGGGGAGGGGUGGAUGACGACACCACCCUACCUGACAUCAACACCUGGACUCGCAUGUGUGAAUGCUUCAUUAAAGAGAGCUACAAACCCUGAAAAAGACGAAAACACCCGACGAUUUUUGUUUCACCUGUAAGAAAACGUCUGAAGGGAAAAUCCACCCUCUCACCGUCAGGGUUCAGACACGGGACCGUGAGACAAAACGCAAAAAAACACAAACAACCCUGAAAAAGAUUCACUGAGAGAUUUUAAACUCAAACCGAUUUCCUCCUGGGUGAGAGUUUAGUCCCAGCUCCACUGCUCCAAAUAACCAGCCGGUCUACAAGUACGACGAGCGGUCGAAUCAGCCGCCACAAAUUACUGUAACCAAUACUGUACGGCUUUAUUUGGAGGUUAAUCAGCAUUUCUACGGUUACAAAUAAACGAAUUAUCACUGACUGUAAUGACCUUCAUUUGUUCAGUUGAAGCCAGAAGAGAUUCAGAUUAGUGAUAAUUUAUCAAAUCAGAGAUGGAUAUUUGAUUUAAGGGAAAAAAAAGUUUGAAAUUCCACUCUUAAAAUUUCUGUGUUUUUCCUUUUAUUUUAACAUGCAGGGACUUAAUCAGAACUUUAAAGAUUUAAAUUUGGAGCGUUUUCAGAGCUGAGCUGUAAAGUUUUUGAUUCUAAAAGUUUCUAAAAAUGGAGAAAACAGGAAGUAAUAGUCAGUUUACAUUAAAAAAUAACCCGUGGGAAAUGCAGUAGUUGGAAGAUGACGAUGAAGAGUGGCUGAGGUUUACAAAACGUAGAAACGGAGGAUCGUACUCGUCAUCACACACUAAAGCUUCCUGUCCUUUAAAGGCCACCAUAUUUUCACAGACGUGAGGGACGAGCGAGGGAGGGGUUCAUUUCUUCACUCUGCACUUUAAAAAAAGCCACAGUUGUGUUUAGUUUUUCUUUAAAUAAUUGUAUUUUUAUUUAUUUUGUUGCUGAGAAGGAGGACAAAGUUUCGCAAACGUUUAACAUUUUUAUUUCAAAAGUUUAAAAAAAAGUUAAAAAACAGACAAAAAUGAAGAAUUAAUGUCCUUUUUUUCCAGACACAUAAUAAAACUGUGAAAAAGAAACAAAAACACUACAGUGAUCCCAGUUUUCAGCCUCUAUUGUGAUCGAAUGUAAGAUCAGUCAGUAUCAUAACAUGUCAUGUAGUCGUUGGUUAAACCCGACAUGAACUUUCAGAUUUUAAAGGAUAAUCCCACAUUGUCACAGAUUAUUAAACGUCUCCUCCUGACCCGUGUGUGAACCCGAUCACUCUUACAGAUCAGACGAAGCGAGACACUAACGGGUUCUUUCAGGCGACACAGGAAGUGAGUUUUUUGUUAAAAUUUUGGGUGGAUUUUCCCUUUAAAGAGUAAAGUGAGUGAACGAGAGGUCGGAGGAGGAAGGGUUGAAAAAGCCAUUUAAAUCUAUUUUGCCUGAUGUGUGACUGCUCUGAGUCGACAUGUCAACACGAGUGUGUGUGUGUGUGUGUGUGUGUGUGUGUGUGUGUGUGUCCCGUAUAUGUAAGAGUGUGUGUGUGUGUGUGUGCGUGCAUGUGUGUGUGUGUUAAGGUUUCUCUUUGGAUUUAACUGACAUUGUAAAGGUGUUUAUGCUACUUGGGCAAAGGAUGAGGUGUCUGUUCACGAACACAUCCAGACUGCGUGUGUGUGUGUGUGUGUGUGUGUGUGUGUGUGUGUGUGUGUCUCUCUGAAGUAUUGUUGAGUGAUUCUGCACUGACUCACGAUUCGCCAUUUUCUUAUUUAUUUGCUGUUUUCUCUCUUUUACCCCCCCCACCCGCCCCGCCUCCCCUGGUUGCUUCCAGUCCCGUUCAAAGCCAGCAGGUGGUGCUAUAAAUCAGAAGACCAACCUUAAAACUUGAGAUUCACAUCAUGCUGAGUUCUUUGCCAGGAGAAAGUGACGAGUAGUGGUUUGAUUGAAGUGAGAUUUGAGUCUGGAGAUGAAUGGUUCACAUCAGGAUUUGCACUGAUGUCCUCUUACUGCUAUUUGCACAAAUCUGUUCAUCAUCCCUGAAAAGGAAAUGUCGUUUUUUUUUAUUGUUUUCUUCCACUCAUCACCCUCUCCUCCCUGAAGGCCUUCGCAGCUUUAAAGUUUGUUUUCAUCAUGGGUCUUAAACUUAUGUCUGAUCUUAGAAACGAAGAUCCAAUCGUGUCAUUUAGGUUUUUGCACAUCAUCUCUCUGUCUGUCCGUCUGUCCGUCUGUCUGUCUGUCUGUCCGUCUGUCCGUCUGUUUGUCUGUCUGUCCGUCUGUCCGUCUGUUUGUCUGUUUGUCUGCGAUCACACCUGGAUUUUAACCACAGCUUUGCCUUCUUCAUUUUGUUCCUCGGUUUGUUCAUCGUGUAUUUUGGGCUUCAAAAUAAAAGUGGGAAAAUUUGAUCAUCGGACUCCAUGAUAGUGUUAUAUUUCUUCACAAAGAGUGUGUGUUUUAUUUUUUUAUGUGUCUUUCUCUGAGUGGAGUUCAUGACAGUCUGUACAAUUCACCAGCCUUCUGUAUUUGUUUUAAGAGUCAGCUGAAGUCCUCCUCCCAAACAGUGUACACUCUUCCCCUCUGCUCCUCUGAGUCACAGCAGUUUCAUCUGUGUGUGUGUGUGUGCGUGUGCGUGUGUGUCGGCUGGUGAGAAAUCUGAACACUGCUGGAUUCAUUCUCUAGUUUGAGUUUGUGAGUGUGUGCGGGUUCGAGACUGGUGGUGGCCUGGUGAGUGGAUGAGCUGAAAGUUGACAUAGUCCUAAAAUAGCACAUUUAUCUGAAGAGAAACUGUCAAAAUAAAAGCUUUCCCCUGUAUCUAUAAUGAAGCAUUUGUAUGAUUAAAUUAACACUGAAAUAAGGACUAUGGUGUCU